AUGACCAUGAUGGACGGCGAUGACAUGCAGAGACUAUGGUCUCUCAUAGAGGACCUCACGAAUCAGCUCCAGGCGAACCGACAGCUCUGCGAGUCUCUGCAACAGCAAGCAGAUCAACUACGCGGCCAGGCCAUCCAUUCCGGCACUGGCUUCGCCCUUCGCAGGUUCAACACCGACCUCUCGAAAGAAAAGUUCGAGUCCGAGCUCGAGGCCCUCAACGCGCAUCUCGUCAAGGAGAACCUCAGCCUGUCACAAGAGAACAAGCAACAGGCCGUGCUGCUUCGCGAGUACGAAAACACUCUCGAAACCGUCAUGGCCAAGUUCCGCAGCUUCUCGCACUCGACUCAACAGCACACGUUGCAGCUGACCCAACACUACGAGUCGCUCCUUGCCCAGACAACACACAAUGCGGCAGAGCAGACGUUAGCAGCAGAGACCGCUUUCAGUGGCACUUUGACACAUCUCGGAGGUCUGGUUAGGAGAGCAAUGCAGUCGCUGGAUGGCGAGGUCAGCGAUGAUGAGUCGGACGGAGAGGAUCACGACGGAGCGUCAGCGCGGAAGGCGAAGCGUGGCUGGGUGCAGGAUCCAAGGUGGUACGGGUCUGGGGGGUAUACAGGCAAGACGACCGAUCCUGAAGCGCUUCGGGCCGAAGAAGCGCUCGAUCGACUCACAGAAGAGGAGAGGCUUCGGAUGGAGAACGACACUCUUCGCGAACUCCUCGGCUUGAAGGAGAAGAGCGAUGCCCUCAUCUCAUCUCCAGAUACCGUCCAGCCCUACGUAAUCGAGGCUCCCGUAGCAUCCAAGCCGCUAUCGCCAGCAGAGAGGCGUGCAUCUCUCACCGUCGACGAAGCAACCAUCGCAGCAGAGGCGAGUGGACAGCCGCCAAACAAAGCGCUGCAGAUCUCAUCCACCACACGGCCGGGCGACGAGAACGUGGAAGCCAAACCAUUGUCGCCGGCCCGCAUUUCGCCCAAAAUCACGCCUGCGCUGGAUCGCAAAGACCAGAUCAUCGAAGAAGCCAUUCUGGCAGAUGACGAGGUCCAGAACGACCGUGGGCGCAGAGCCAGCGAUUCUAGUCCCCUGAUUGGCAGCGACGCCUCGGCGUCGAGCGACGUAACAGCGGCCCCCUCAGCCACCGAAUCGCUUCCAGCCGUGUUCGCCGCAGAUGAUGCAGAGACCGCUCCAUCGUCCAUCGAGGAGCUACGAGCUGCUACCCAACAGACGGCUGAAGCAUCCCAAUUGCAUGCCACCGUGCCUGCUCCUCUACAGGCUGACGCCGCUACAGGCUCGGAUGCCGACGCGAUCACGCCCAUUGACGAGGUGGAACAGCAGACAUCUGCUGGCCCGCCGACAGGCGCUGAACCAAACAUGCUUGCCGAGGCGGCUCCUCCUGCGCUGGUUUCGACUGGUAUCGAAGAAGGCGAUGGCAUCUCGUCCAACACCACUGUCACCUCGGCUUCCGGUAUCGAUGUGGCCGAGGCAUCGACAUCUCCAGAAGCGACAGCAGUAGCAGCCUCAACAGAGCACGCCAGCUUACCGGGCUCGACUCCAUCGGACGCGACAGCCUCGUCGAACGAUACAGGCCUGUCUUCUGUUCCUGCAGCGGAUACCAAGUCUGCCGACGUCCCAAGCCCAGCAGUGGUCACUGCUCCGCCUUCCGACAGCGCCGAGGGCGACUUCGAGCCGAUUCCCGCUCUAUCGACGACAUCACCCAUCGACGACGCCUUGAAAGCGGAGGCGAGCGAGACGGUCAUCCCAGCUGAACCGGCCAAGCAGGACAAUCAGGGUGUCACUCCUGAGGUUGCUGCCGAUGCCCAAGCUCCGGCAGAUGCCACUCCCGCGGCCGACCAAAACACAGUCAAGGCCGACGCUGUCAAUACUGAAGCGGACGCGAGCAAGGACGCAAAGACGCUGCUCAAACCUCCAAGUGGCAAUCAGGGUCGCAAAGAUGGCUCGCCGUCUCCGGGCAAGAACCGCGGAAGAGGUCACAGAGGCAAAGGAAACCGACACAACAAGUCCAAUUCCAACGCUGCGAACAAGACUUCCUCCUGA